UAACUGAUACUCACAAGUUAAAUUAUGGUGGUGAUGAAAUGUACAUUCGAUUAGCACAUUCAGAAAUAGAUAAGAAGAAGCAAGUGCACAGAACAAUUGUUGUAACAACAGUGGUUUUGGGGUUUAUACUUGUUAUAUGUGUGCUGAAAAUGUUGUUAAAACAUAGAGCAGCGAGGAAGCUUAUAAGUAGAUUGCUGUUCGUCAAAACCAAGGGAACUGAUAAACGAUAUUCUGAAGAAAUGGCACGCAUACAUAAUAAGCAUGGAGUUAAACUUGAUGAGUUACCUCUAUUUACAUUUACGAUGCUCUCAAAUGCAACACAAGAUUUUGAUUGCACCAACAAGCUCGGACAAGGUGGCUUUGGUCCUGUUUACAAAGGGAAAUUGCCAAAUGGUGUAGAAAUUGCUGUGAAAAGGCUAGCAAGAUCAUCAAACCAAGGGGUUGAAGAGUUCAUGAAUGAGGUUGAGGUGAUUUCUAGGCUUCAGCACCGCAAUCUUGUUAGACUUCUUGGUUGCUGUGUCGACUCUGGAGAAAAACUGCUUGUUUAUGAAUAUAUGCCCAAUGGAAGCUUAGAUACCUAUCUCUUCAGUUCACAUAGACAUAACCUUCUUACAUGGAAAACACACAAACUUAUCAUUGAGGGGAUUUGUAGAGGCCUGCUUUACCUACAUCGGGAUUCAAGGUUAAAGAUUAUUCAUAGAGAUCUCAAGGCAAGUAAUAUAUUGUUGGAUGAGGCGUUAAGCCCUAAAAUUUCCGACUUUGGUAUGGCAAAGAUAUUUUGUGGAAAUGACGAUCAAGCCAAUACAACGAGGGUUGUUGGAACAUUCGGCUACAUGCCCCCGGAAUAUGCACUUCACGGAACAUUCUCAGAAAAAUCUGAUGUCUACAGCUUUGGAGUCCUAUUGUUAGAGAUUGUGAGUGGAAAGAAACACUCCAGUUUUGAUGAUCAGCAGCUUUUCCUUACAGCUUAUGCAUGGAAAUUAUGGAAUGAAGGAAAGAUAGUAAAUUUGAUGGAUCCAGCCAUAUAUGAAGAUGACAGUGGAAUGGAAGAUGACAUAGUGAGAUAUGGUAAUGUAGGUUUGUUGUGUGUGCAAGAAAUGGCAGCAGAUAGGCCUAACAUGGCUACAGCGCUUUCGAUGCUUAACUGUGAGAUUGUAGAGCUUCCUCGCCCGAAGCAGCCUGCAUUCGUUGCAACGCAGAGUUCUACCAAUAGGUCAUGUAAAGUUUCUGUAAAUGAAGUGACUAUUUCUGUAGUUGAAGGAAGGUAAAAAGAGCCUGGUUAUGUAUGUUUAUUUGAUCCUGUACAUUUUGUUGUUACCUUCAUUUGCCAGGCUUCAGGGGUGAAUUAUGUUUUCUUCAAACAGUUCUUAAUCUAAAUUAUUCUAGAAAAAUAAACAUUUA